AUGCCCUCCAAAAGGACUCCGGUGCCCAUGGGGCUGCUCUGCCUGGUGCUCCUGCUGGCUGCUCCCACCUGGGGAUCAAACUGCAACCUUCUGAAACUGCACCAGCGAAGACUGAACCGGCAGAGCGUGGAGCUUCUGAGGAGGGUGAAGGGGAAGUUUCCGGCGGAGUGCCUGCGGAAGAUACCGGUGUUCAGUUUCCCCGUAAAAAUCCUCGGGAUACGAGAGCCGCGGGAGGCCACUAAAGCCGUCCUGGAGGUGCUUCAGGGGUUCCUGCAUAUCCUCAAAGAUGAGCACCGGUGGGUCGCCUGGAAGGCCACCUUGCAAAAAAGGUUCCUCCCCAUGUUGCAUGCGCAGAUUCAGAGGAUCCAAGGAUGCCUCGGAGAAGGGAAACCCGCGCCAGGAAGAAGGAAGGAGGAAUGGAUGCACAAACUGCAACUGAAGAAGUAUUUCCGCAGCAUCGGGAAUUUUCUGGAAGAGAAUGGACUGGACAGCUGCACCCGGGAGUUUGUCAGGCAUGAAAUCCAGCUGGACUUCAUCUAUCUGGACAGGCUGACCGAGAGAAUGGAGAUCUGA